AUGAAAGGGCCGCUUAUUCUGGCGGAAGAAAAUGAGGACUCAAAGCAAGCAAUGGUACAACGGAGUCUGAUGAAUAUGUCCCGCAACAACGUGGAAUAUCUGGAGUUAAAACAUAGUGGAAUUUAUAGCUUCUACUGCCAGAGCAAUCCACCUCUAAACUGUAGCCAGAGGAAAUUUAAACUUCGUGCACAUCAUUCAGCCAGCGGAGUUGUCUUGCUACCGAGCACAAAAUUAUUUUCAGGAGAAACUGUUACUUGUGACUACGCUGAUCCGUCGACUACCCUUGGCCGUCAUUGGCUAGAGGUUAAAAUAUACGGAGCCGACAACGAAUAUAAAUUAAUCAACAGACAUAAAGUUUUAUUCUUUUCGAGUAGACCCUCAACAUAUAACUUGACAUGCACUGCCUCACUAAAAUAUCCCAUUCAGUCGAUUACGCUACAGGAUUCAUUCGAAGUAUUCGUCGACAUCCCGCUGCGAAUUCAAUAUUGGCAAUUGCCUCGUUGUUUACAGUUUGGUAGGCCGAUUAAAUGUGAAGUGCAAGGUCAUAAUAUGGCCCGUGAACACAUGAAUACUGUCUGGAGCACGGACGCCAAACACGUCUCUUCCUAUCAAAACCGACUGUACUUAAAGCAACUUCCGGAUAUUUCAAGAUAUCUGGAAGCUCGCCUGGCACGACAAAGGGAAACACAUACGGCAACUUGUACCAUUCAUCUACCCCCUACUUUGGGUGGCUACCUUAAGCAUACUCAUCAUUUCACUUUGUGUCAUGAAGAUUUAGUCACAUUCACUCCAGAUAGAUUUUAUCUUCAAAGGCCCAGUGAGCUCAUAUGCUCUGCCAAUGCUGAAGAAGUGGGUCUGAGAAAUCCCAGACUUAGCACCUGGGAUGAUAAGGGAGAAUGUCUCAAGGAGCCCAGAAAGAUAGCUAAUUAUUCAACAUCAGAAAGUCCAAAUACCUUCGAAACCACUGAAUUGUAUUCGUCUGAGCAGAAAACCUUCCGAAACUCAGCUUCGCUGAGGAUUCCUAUUUGGCCCAAACGGAGCUGCAAAUAUAGCUUUUGCUGCGAGUUGGAAUUUAUAAGGACAAAUGAAUUCAGUAUUAUUUGCACGAAUUUUACUCUGGCAGAAAGCAUUGGAAAACUGAAAUUAAAACACGAAGGCCCUUUCAUCAACCGUCCCAUUGAGUGCAGCUACAUAGAUUCGACAAUACUGAUGCCAGGUUUAACAUUGGAAAUCGAGUCCGACUACUCACUAAAGCCGAUUAGCAGUAAUUUUGUUCUGCUUGGAAGUUCAAAAAUCGAGAUUUAUAGACGUUUUGACAGUGUACUGGUAAGAACAGAUAAAUAA